UAGAGCGCGCGCGCAGAACAUUUUUAUCGCGGUGCUGUGACUGCAUUCCACUCUAUAUAUCCGCCAUUUUGGAACACUUUAAAUUAAAUACUUUAUACUUUAUCGACAAGCCUGUUAGAAACUGCUCAUUUGAUGAAGAAAGGAUUCUUUUGAUUGCAAAGAUAAUUAUUUUGUUUCCAAAGGUCUUGAAUCGGGUUAAAAGUUGAGCUAGAGUGCGCACGAAAGAAUGUUAAAAUAUGAAGACCAAAAAUCCGGAGGCUGUCCGUCCACAAGGAUCCUGGAACCAGAAUUUGUAGUACGCCACAGAAUGUAACCCUUUGGUCCAUAGGAUAAAAAUAUUUUAGUAAACAAAUAGGGAUCAAGAGAAUCGACGAAAGACGUCUCCAUCAGAAUGAUCGCUAUCUGGCGGCUAAUCUAAAGGGAUGUUAGAUUAAGCCCGCUAAGUCAGUGCUGUCCCUUUGGCUUUUUCCCCCAGCAUUGAUCCAAAAAUUGUCCUCAAGUAAAUAAAAUAUACCUAGAAAUAUUGCGUAAGUAUUGAUGCAAUUGUCUCAGCUCCUUAUACACGGUUUUACAAUGUAUUGAAAUGUUUAAAUCUUAUUGGAUGACGAAACAAAAAUGUAAAAUCAACCAGUACGUUUCCAAAUGAAAGUGGCUGUACCUCUGGAAUGCAUUCAAGGGCUCAUUUUUGAAAGAUCACCUCUGAACUAUAUAAUUGUAAAAGCUGAAUGUAAAUAACUGAUUGUCUUGGAUAUUGUUAUUGUCACCUUUGGUCUAAUGCACUAACAGGUUAUCAAAUGAAAAAGAAUUCUUUGAAGUGAUUUUAAAGUUUCAGAAGGGACAUCGGAUACAGUGUACUCAUCGCUUGUGAAAUAUUGAAGCGCCGAGCGAUUUUGGCAUGAGGAUGAGAUUGAACUCUACGUAGACAGUCGCAGAGCGGAGGAAACUCAAAGAAAAUCACGCACUCAAGGGUAGAUCAUGACUUCGCCUGUCCGUCAAGACCCCAUGGUUUAGUAUCUUUAGCGGUUGAUUGAUUACUCAAGGGUACUUAAAGUCARUAUAACACAUAUAGCCACGUUCAGUGACAUGCUCCCUCUGGCGUUGUUUUAAAUGAGACGAGAAGCUGCAUUUUGCAUGCUUUGCUGAUCACACUGUCUUACAUAAGGCCACUUCCCUUGUCUUCACGACGCAUUCUGAGAAGCGAUCCUUGGAGGUCCAUACCUGCACGUUGGUCUGACUUCAAUCAGGUGAAGUUCGUGCGGCCAUUCCGUCUUCCAGAACUUCAGGGAGCUCGUAUAGCAAUAUCCGUAGUUAAUUCUACAAGACGAUUGGCUAGACUUCUCGGCUAGUGCUAAGUCCCAGGAGUUUAAAAACUGUUUAUACUGGCUAUGAAAGUUUAUUUUCUCUCUUCCUGAAUUGACAGUUCAAGAACUAUGGUCUCGAGGCGCGUUGUUCUCCUGUAUGCACUCGUAAUGACGGGUUUGUAUCAAACCAGCUGGUCCAUUUUAGCAGUUCAAAGUUCCAAGAUAAAUCAAUGCUACGAUGAAUAUAACAGACCGCAACUUUGUAGACCGGAAUUCCACGACCUUGCGUAUGAAAAAAACAUUCAAGUGAGCUAUACCUGUGGGGAAGUACCACGAAGGUUUUGUCAAACGACUAUAGACGGUCGCGAAUGUGAUGUCUGUGACAACAGAGACCCAAUGCGUUCUCAUCCAGCUAAGUACUUAACAGAUGUACACAAUGAGAAUAACGUGACAAGUUGGAUGGCUGAUCCGGUGCAGAGCCGCGACAACAUCACUUUUAUUCUAUCUCUAGGAAAGACCUUUGACAUUACGUAUAUAAGCCUGCAAUUUCGCAGUAUCCGUCCUGAAUCUAUGGCCAUGUAUAAGUCCGCUGACUUUGGCAAGACCUGGCAGCCUUAUCAGUUUUAUUCUAAUGAUUGCGAAGGGAUGUAUGGACGACGGAUGAAUGGACCAUUGAACGACGAGAAUGAGAAAGACGCCCUAUGCACGAAUGGGCACCUCAUAAGGCCACAUCAUGGCGGAAGAAUCGCAUUCAGUACGAUGGCAGGUAGAUCGAACUUUCCUAAAAUGAACGAUUUCAGCCCGAGUUUGAACCAGUGGGUCAUGGCGACUGACAUUAAGGUCGAGUUCAACCGCAUCAGUGCAACUAGCCGUAGGCCUAAAGAUAAUCAAUACUAUGCAGUGUCUAGCUUCAUGGUCGGUGGACGAUGCCACUGUAAUGGACACGCUAGUAAGUGUAUCAUCARCAGGGACGGACAGAAAGUUUGCGACUGCAGACACAACACCGCGGGACCUGACUGCCAAGAAUGUAAACCUUUCUUCAACGACAGACCCUGGAGACCUGCUAGAACUAACUCCGCUAACGAGUGUAGAGCAUGCAACUGUAAUCUCCAUUCCCGGUCAUGUGAGUUCAACAUGGAGCUAUUCAAGCUGUCAGGGGGGACCAGUGGCGGCGUGUGUAUGAACUGUAGACACAACACAGACGGGCGUUACUGCCAUUACUGUAAGGAAGGCUUCUUCAAGGAUCCCAAUAAACCAAUCACUCAUAGAAAAGUCUGCAAGCCUUGUAACUGCCACCCCCAUGGGUCACGUGGUAAGAUAUGCGAUCAGCAUACUGGUCAAUGUCCGUGUAAAGAAGGCGUGAUUGGCAGGUCAUGUGACAAGUGUGCUAGGGGUUACUCCAGUACCAAGUCAAGCAUCGUUCCCUGCAUUGCGAUCCCUAAAAAUGUCAUGUCUCAUGAAUCGCGUGUCAAAGCAAAAGACGCUGGUUGUCCUCAAUGUAGGAGAGUGCCUUUCAGAGCUCGAAGAUUUUGCCGUAAAGACUUCGCAAUGAAAGUCACUGUAGUCCGAGUAGACAAGAACAGCCCAAAGGAAUGGGUUCGAGUGACAGCCAACAUCAACACUUCCUUCAAGCGUUCUGUCCUUCGCUUCAGACGCGGUGACGGCUACCUGUGGGUCAGGGUACGGGAUUUCAGGUGCAAGUGCCCUAAACUGAAGCCAGGACGAAGCUACUUCAUUGCUGGAAACAUAAGAAGAAAUAGACUCAAGAAAUCAAUCAUUGUCGACGGUAAAAGCAUAGUUGUUCCGUGGAAUGAGAAACUCCUAAAGCGUAUUUAUAAAUUCAAAAAACUUCAAAGAAGAAGCAGAUGCAUAUAAAAGACAGCGUUGGAAUAAUGUCUCACAAUAUCAGCUGCUUUCCCCAAACUCCUGGAGCUAUUAACAAUGACAUCGCAUUUUGUCCAGGGACGGCAUUCAAGUCACGUGAUCCGCCUGUGUCUCAUGAUGUCGUUAUCUCAUAAUGAAUGAAAUUUAAUGCUUAUAUGAGAGAACUAUAAUUUAUUCUCUUUUCCGCUCCGGUUUACUAUAUUCCAAAUUUUUGCAAUCGCUUGUGUAUUUUGAGGAUUAGAACUACAUGAAACGGAUAAGUGCGCAUGCGUGGCCUGCUUAAGUUUGCGCAUGCGUCGUCUUUUGCAGUGUCGACCUUGGCAAAUUUACAAGUUUUUGGCCAAUCAUAGCGAUCUCGUUUAAUUGACAGUGGCUAUCGCAAAGAAUUAUGGGAAAGGUGUACGGUCACAGGCGAUACAUUCUAGUACCCAGAGCUGCCUCCUCAGUUCUUCAGGAGGCGCCUCCAAGGACGAAAACGAGGACCUCUUGGUACGAGAAUGUCAGCGAUAUUGAUGUGAACUUCAUUUGCGCGAAACGUUUUUUUUACACAAAAACUGCUUAUAUAAUAUUCUUCAAUGCAAUACUUUUGUAAAUAUUGAGACAGUAGUGAAACUAAAUUUCAAAGGAAAUUGAAAAGGUAAACACUUAUGGGUUGCCUGUGGUAAAUGGACCACGGCAUCCCAACUUAGGAGCAAAGGCUCGAAAUAAAGUGGUUGGUAACAAUGGCAACAAGAAAGAUAGAUAGUAUUUUAAAUGUAUGUGAUAUAUGUGAUAUAUAUAUAUAUAUGAAUAUGCUUAACCUCCUGUGGAGUUCGUAUAACGAAUUUUAUUAUUGAACUGUAUCUGCUUUCAACUUAUUUAAGCUGUUAAUAAACAUGAUGACAAUGUU